AUGUUCAAGAAUGAAUAUCAGGGUGGUCCUUUUGUGGAAAUCUUCAGUGCUCAAGGGAAAGAUCCUGUAGCAAAAUGGAAACUCUGUGGCAGCCAAUCUAUUUGCAAAGACUUUGACAAAGAGGUUAAGAGUUUUGUUUAUGUUCUUGAGGGCAGCAGUCAAACAAACAGGAUGCAGCUGCCCAAAGACAGCAAAAUGGCACGUAAGUGUGGCAACCUAUGUGAACAGCAGUUAAAGCCAUUUUGGACUGAUCCAGAGAUACUUGAUUCUUCAGACUUUUGUACCCCUGGGAAAAGACUUCUCAACAGAAUUAAUGAUAACAGAUUUGGGCAAUAUCAAGUGAAGAUUGUACUUAUCAACCAUCUACAAGAACUUUCUGCUACUCCUUUACAUGCAAAAGUACCACUGUCAAGUAUCAAGCGGAACAUUUGGUGUAAUAUUUGCAUUGACCUUGUGUCAUUCAUCAGUGAGAUAUUCAAAGGAACAGCUUUUCUGUCUUUGGAUGGAAUAAUUGUCUCAGCAAGCUGUAAACUAAGGAAGGUCUUUACAAUGAAGCUACAGCCCCAAGACACUGCUGAUGAGUAUGAUCCCUAUAAUCCCCCUGCUAAUGGACCAAUAGACCUAAUUCCUAGAAGCUGCCAGUUUACAACAGAUGUGCCCCAUGUUACACAGAUGAUAAACAUGGAUAAGCUCAGAGUGGCUGAAGUUAAGAUCAGUGGACGCCCCUUAUCUACAGAAUCUGAACAGAUAAGCAACCAUGGAACAGCCAGUGCCCGUAGCAUCAGAAAUCAGGAUGCGUGCCACAUUGCAUUUGGAUCAAAGGUACUGGGACCACCUCCAGCCACAGGGGGGAAAAUAAGCACAUCUGGUACCAAAGAGAUGGCCAGCUCUCUGGGUAGCAAAAUUACCAGAACUUCUUACCAGGCUAGACAAAGUAGUGGCGAUAGAUCGGAGAGCCAGACAGACCGGUCCGAAAUCUCCAGUACCAGACAUACAGAAACACAACCACAGAGUGUCCAGGAAAAUCAUCAAACGUCUCAGCCUGUCACCUUAGUGGAGCAUAAUUUCCUAAAGCCCCAUCCUCCGCAGAAGCAACCCACAGAGAGGCCAAGCAGGAGGAAACAGCGGGUACAAAGUGCUGGAAAAGAAGGGAGUGUGCUUUCUGAUGGCACUUUAUCAGUACAAUCUGGAAAUAAAGACAGCUCCUCAGAGAAAUCAGUUCCCCCUCUCCACAGGAGAAUAAACAGUGAAGGCGCUUUACACACCUCCAGGCCUCGGAAGGAGUCGGGUUAUAAGAUAACAGAAGAUUGGAUUUUCCCUGAUCUUUCAGAGGACAGCUAUGGGUCUCAUUCGUCUGAGCAAGCCUUGGCGCCUCUCCAGUCAGUCAGCAGUGAUUUAUACCCCUACCUGAGUGGGAGUGAGGAUGAGGAAACGGAACCUCAGCUGAAUUUGAAGGACGUUUUUACUUAUUCUUCGAGGCCACACUCUGCUUCACAUGGAAAAUCACAGAACACAUCUGCUGAAGGCUUCAUAUCCCUGCUAGACAUGGGAGGAGAUGGUGACCGGGACCAGAGAGGAGCCAGGUUCAAGGAUGAUUUCCUUGGAAGUGAUAGUGAAGAGGAUGAUUUCCGUUCAAGAUUCAUCGCUCAGAUACCUAGCCCCCGCACAAACCCUGGCACAUCAGUAUACACACAUUCACCGGGUAUUUCAAAGACCACAAUACAAAUGAGAUCCUGCAGUUCUGAAUCCAGGUCAUCGGGAGAAUCAUUAAAAUCUAUUCCAUCAGAUAUAAAGGUAUCAGAUGGAGGCUUUCCGGCUUUAAAGAAAGCAGAUGGAGAAAAAGUUCGAACCAGCGUGCUUCCAACCCCAAGCCUAUCUCCUACUGGAAACAGGCCUGGACUGCUGAUAGACACUUUGGAUUCCACUAACAGACUGAGGAGUGGCCAAGAUAACCACUUAAGGCCUUCUUUCAAUAGAAAAUCCUUAAAGGAAAUCUCAAGAGAUGGAACAAGACUGUCCAUGGAAAAUUCUGACUAUGACUGGCGAAACUACCAGCCAACCAGAAUGAGUGCCUCUGAGCUGCGCAUGUUGGCCAGUCUCCAGAGGCAGCAGAACGAGGAGUUAGAGGAUGAUGGGAAUUCGCCUGGGCUCAGCGCCUCACAGAUUGACAACUGCAACGUUAGCAUUAGCACAAGCAGUGACGACACAACCACAUGGAACUCCUGUCAACCGCCUCCUGUCAAUCAAGGCCAUCACUAUCAGAAAGAAAUGAACCCACCUGCACAUUCCAACCCACGGGACUGGCUGAAUGUUUUUAGUCCUCCAAUUAUUCCACCAAGCCAACAAAUGGGAGAGUGCAACAUCCACCAACAUAAGAAAGGGCUUUCAACAGGGAAUGAGAAGAAUAACAUUGACGACGAUGACGAUGAAGUUCUAACUUUACUGUAUGACCCUUGUCUCAACUGCUACUUCGACCCAGAAACUGGAAAGUACUAUGAAUUAGUAUAAAUACAAAAAUAAAUCGAUGGAUUAAAAAUGUAAAUGAAAAAAUAAAAUGCAAUUAACAUUUUUUGUGUUCUUCAGAAACUUCAAAUAUAUUCUUAAUUGAAUUAUUGUAUUGUAAAAUAUAUCAUUUCAUUUGAACAGCAGUGUUUAAUUGUAUUAUGGUGUGUGAUGGAAUUUAUAAAUAUAUAUAUAUGGAUGAAUGCUAUAUUUGCAUCCUGAGCCAUUUGGAAAAAAAGGCAUAAUAGCACAGUAGUGAAAAUAAUUCCUCUAGAGGAAAAUGUAUUUGAACUUUGACCCAUUCGACUCCUCAAGACCACUUUCAAUUCAAGCACAAAAUGUCUUGUUUUCAAUCACUCCACAAUACCCACAGUAGAGAAAUGUUCAUUAAUGAUCAACAAAAUGAGAAUAUGUUAUAAAAAAAUAUAUAUAUGAUGUAAAGCUGGUACAUUCGUAUCUCAGAGAAACUGGAGAGGAACAGGAAAUUGAAGACAUUCCUGUCAAUGGCUUUCAAAAUUUCAAUCACUCGACAACACCCACUAUCCAUGUUUUUUUAGGCACUUCUAACAAAUCUGUCUCUGUGAAGAUUUACAAUCAUCCUUCACCAAUGGGAGCACCAACCAAGCGAGAGACACAAAUCUUCUACUCUGACAGCAACUAACAAAAAAUAAAUAAAUAAAUAAAUAACACAACACCACCACCCACUGAAACACAUUUUCCUUAAAAAUACGUUAUUUUUUGCAGUUUAUUAUCUACCCAGUUUAAUUCACCAUUCCUGAAUCAUCAGAAAGACAAUUAUAUUUAAGAUUCUUUAAUAUUGACUUAUUAGUAUUCAUUAAAUUCACUUGCAAUUUGAACCUUAACACCUAACGGUCUGCUAGUUUAUAACGUCACAGAAACCCUAGAUGGAAUUAUUUUCCUGCAACUCACUGAACCCCAUCUAUUAUUAUUCAUUCUCUCAUUCUCAUUCUCAUUCUCUCUCUCUCUCUCGCUCUCUCUCUCUCUCUCUCUCUCUCUCUCUCUCUCUCUCUCUCUCUCUCGACAAUAUUGUUUUCUUUACAAGAUUAAACAAUGCCAUAUUGUGUCUCUAAACUUGCCAAAACAGGCCGUUGGGUUAUUUUUUAUUUUUUUUUAAAACUUCUAUUUUAAAACAACAAAUACCCUUUUCUUAUCAUGUUGUAGUUUCAUUUAGAACUUCACAAAUGUAUCAGUGAGUAUGUUGAAAAAAUAUUUAUUACAACAGCACAGUGAACUAGCCCCUGCACACGGUAUUAGAUUCAGAAAGCAAAAGUGGCAUGCGUUUGUUUUGUUCCAUCUCAGAUAAUAUGGUGUGAAUAAAAAAUACUGUAAUGCAAUUUCCCUUAUCAGUUAAAAUGAAUUUCAAGAGAGUUAAGCCGUCAUGUUGUGGAAAGCACUGCCAGUCUCCUGACAUGCUAGAUACUGGUCCAUAAAAGCAUUCUUAUUGUAUUGAUGAAUAAAUACUACAGAUCCAGAAUGUUUAUCAACAUUAGGCAAAAAAAGUAUUUACUGCCACCGCUUUGUAAAUGUAGCCAAUGAGUGUUAAUGAAGUUAAAUCUAGUGUUGUUUACAAACAAUUAUUUCCCAGUGGGGAAAAUGAAUGUGGUGCUGUUUUUAAACUGAAAAUGAAAGCUUGCUUUUUUGUUUUUUGGUUCAUGCAAAUUUUGUGCAUUCACUAACUUUACUACCUUAAAUACAGACAGAUUGUAUGCUUGUAACAGUUCUUAGUAUGUUAAGACCUCCAGCAAACUAUAAUACAGAAGAUUACGUAAAAAUCAAUUUUGGUCAAUUUUGUUUAGUACUGUUAUUUGUAAUUGAAGUAUUCGUAUAGAUUAGCGUUUUACGGUAAAAUAUGCAUUCAUUCAUUCAUUCAUUCAUUCAUUCAUUCAGGUGUCACUACUAAGAACAUGCAUUACCAUCACAACAACCUGCAUUCAUAGUAUAUGUUAUACAGAAAGUUUCUCGCAAGUUUAUUUUCUAAUUGGAAACUGUGGUUUGUCCAGAAAGUUACAGUUUACAGCUGACUGGUUCCAUCACAAACAUAAAAACACAAAUGGAACACAGUGAGGACCUAACAUUCUAAUUCUAUUUCAGGCACAUUCCAAAUAGAAAUAUUGAAGCAUUUCAAUGUAAUGACCACCGCCUGUUGCUAUUGGCAGGUGUUACAUUGGCCAGUCAGGAACUUCAUUAUGGUACAUUCAUCCACACAAGCUAAAUGUAUCAUGACUGCUGUAUAAAUGGCUUUUUUACUCUGUAAUUACCAAUCAGUCUGAGUACUGACUACGCUGUCAGUCACUUUACCAAAAACAGGGAAAGCAAAGAUGCAAGGUUGUAUCUUCAUGAAAAAAUGUAAUUCAAGACAAAGACUUUUCUUUUUCAUUUUUGGUGGAAAAAGUCAUUUGGAACUAUAAUAAUAAAACUUUCAGAAAUCUUUAACCAGCCUUCUAAUAUGUCUAAUUCAUUUGAUAUAUGUAAAGUGUUUAAAUCCAACUAAAUAAAUAGAUCUAUGGCUGCAUUAUUUUAAUUAUGUUUUUCAAAACAAGCUUUCCCUUCCCCAAGGGAUAUGGUAUAUAGUUUAUUUUAUGCUUUUGCAUUUUAGUAUAGUUUAUAGAAUUGUUUCAACAUUAGGUAGAUAGACACAUUCUAUCCCAUCCCAAAAGGUUAUCAUAAUUCCAUUUAAAGUUACACAAACAACUAAUUAACUCCAUUAUCUCUAGCAUAAGCCUCAGAGGAAAUAAACAAUGCUGCCCGCUGGACAGAACUCUAAAGAAUGCAUAUUUAUGAAGCUCUGUCUGUUAUACACACAGUC